CAGAGCUGGGUUGAACCUCACUGAGCUGGGUUGAACCUCAUUGAACUGGGUUUCCUCAUCUGAGCAAUGGGUAUAAACAGCACCCAUCUUGCCGGGCAGAGUGGCUGUGAUUAGAGGGGCCUAGUGCCACACCCAGCGCCAGCUUCUGGAAGCUUCGCCUCACUGCGGUUUGCACUCCUGUCUUCUGCACAGGUUUGUGCUGACUGAAGACGAGAACGGGCACUCAACUCGUCUCUGCGUCUCCCCUGCCCAGCGCGGCACCUGGCACACACCCUUCCACAGAGGCCGGGCUCCUGGGCGAGAUGGCGGCCAAGCAGCCCCCCCCUCUCAUGAAGAAGCACAGCCAGACGGACCUCGUGAGCCGCCUGAAGACUCGCAAGAUCCUCGGCGUGGGCGGGGAGGACGACGACGGGGAGGUGCACCGCUCCAAGAUCAGCCAGGUCUUGGGCAAUGAAAUCAAGUUUGCGGUUCGGGAGCCUCUGGGCCUGCGGGUCUGGCAGUUUGUUUCUGCUGUGCUCUUCUCCGGCAUUGCCAUCAUGGCCCUUGCCUUCCCUGACCAGCUCUAUGACGCCGUCUUUGAUGGAGCCCAGGUGACCAGCAAGACCCCCAUCCGCCUCUAUGGGGGAGCGCUCCUCAGCAUCUCCCUGAUCAUGUGGAACGCGCUCUACACGGCCGAGAAGGUUAUCAUUCGGUGGACUCUGCUCACUGAAGCCUGCUACUUCGGGGUCCAGUUCUUGGUGGUCACUGCCACGCUAGCCGAGACGGGCCUCGUGUCCCUGGGAAUCCUGCUGCUCCUGGCCAGCCGCCUCCUUUUUGUCGCCAUCAGCAUUUACUACUAUUACCAAGUCGGCCGGAAACCCAAGAAAGUCUAGCAGACCUCUGGCUGGGCCCUGUGGGGGCAGGAGGCCUCGGGCCUCGGUUUCCCUUUGGUUCACGGAAGGCAGGAAGGACCCUGCCCUGCCCAGGCAGAUAGGAGUGGCCCCUUUCCUUCCUCCUGGGCACCCCCGAAUCCUGUGAUCUGGGCUUGCAGGUUUGGGGAGGGGCAGGGCCUUGCACCCCUGUUCUUUGCCCCACGCAGAGAUGCCUCCUUUCCUUGCGCCUCUCGGCCCCCGGAUUCCCACGACAGAUGCUUACCGAAGGGCCUGCACCCCGGGCCGUCGGGCUGAGUGAGGCCCCCCUUCUGCCAGAGGCCCUUUCUUUCGAGAGGCUGUGGGCUGCCCCUUGUGCUCCCCCUUCCCCCCAGCCAGUGUAGUGCCCAAGCAGCUGACCGUGGAAGACCUGAGGACUUGACCUCGUGCCCCUUCUCCUUGUGGGCCCUCCCACAGGUGGGGGCCCUCCCCGCCCCUGAACACACAGCUGCCCUCCCCAGGCCCCACUGCAGGCUGACGUGCAGGGUGGCUGUCUUGGAGCUGCCACUGGCCUCCUGUGAGGGGCCCCACGGGCCCUCCUGGGGCCUCGCUGCAGCCUGCCUGCCUCCCCCCAGCUCCUGGAGGCUCCUAGGAGCCCCCUUCCCCCGACGGGCCUGGGUCCAGAGGCUGCCAGUGGCUUCCCCUGCAGGUUGGCCCUGACACGGACACACAGGUCACCCCACGGAGGCCACCUGUGAGGGAUCGUUUGGAGAUGAGGAGAAAAGGGCAGUGGCAUUCCUGUCCCUCGGCAUGUUCUCCAGGGUCAGAUGCUCACUGGGACCCCUAGUCUGGGCUGCCCCCAGGGUCUGGUGGGGUUGGACUAGGGACCCUUCCAACUCAGCAGGGAGAAAUAUAGAAGUGUUUCAGCAGGCCACCUCCUCUCAUGCCCUCCGCCCCACAGACGCCCUGGAGAAGGCUGCCACCGGCUCCCUGGGAGCUGACCCCCUGCACACCCACGGCCCGUGUGCCCCAGUAUCCCUCCUCCCUCCCAGUGUGCCCCUUCCCUCCAGGACGUGAGUGUGCUCCCCGGAAAUGGCAGCCCCUGUGUUCCGGGACAGGUGUGGAGAGAAGCAGCUCAGGGCCCAGUCUCACUUCCUGUCUUCAAAUAGGU